UAAAUUUAAACGCAACUCGAUUAUAAACCGUAGCAUAAUUUGAGGUGCCUCAUGAGUCGCAUGCAAGCCAUCACGGCAUCGGUGCGCACCACCAAUCGGAUGAAUGCGCUCCUCUCCGAGUCCAUGUUGAGUCGGAGGCGAGCGCUGCAGAGUGGUGGAGAGUGCGACGGUGGUGGCGGUGAGGGGAGCGGUGAGCGUAAGGAGAAGCCGAAAAAUGAUUGGAAAUUCUUUCACACCAAUUUCAAUAUGGAACGUGCCCUGAAAGUCAUUGAAGAUUGCAUUGAGGAGCGUUUGCUGUGGGAUCGCUUCAGUCGCAAUUAUGACUCUUGGCGCGCGCUGCCACUGGUCGAGGGUCUGGCUGCAGAGAUACGGGACCGGGUGAAGAAGCUAAACCACAGGCGCCAUCGCAUUGUCUGUCUGCUGUCGAUUGUGGAGAAGCAGAACCAGGGCAUCUAUCAGAGAAUGUGCCAUCUGAUGGACGAGAAGCGCGAUAAUUUUACCCAACUGGUUUUCGAGCGACCCACGUAUUUCAUGAUUGUCGUCUUAUAUUUGGUCCACAAGGAUUAACUAAGAAUGAAAGUUAUAAAAAAGCUUUGCACAACCUUCAGAAGCUCAAGAAAAGCUUCGCUAUCCAUUUCACAAACCAGUUGUAAUAUUUAGUAGGCUAAGGACUGUUCGACAGUAUUAGAGCUUAGCAAGUAGUAAGUAAAAUAGUA